GCCGCCUACCACACCACCGGUCACGGCCCCCCACCCCCCCCCCCCAACCCCCACGCCUCGCCGGAACCCUAACCCUAGCGGCGGGAGGUGGAGCCAGGUCAAACGCCAUGCGACCGCCGGCGCCGUACCGACGGGGCGGUCUUUGUGAAUUGAAGUGACUGGAGGGGGCAGCAUUAUGCAAUCUGACUGGCGAUCAUGUCCUAGAAUUCAGAGUAGGGUUGUUAGGGUAAACUGCGUUAUGGAUUCCGGCAGCAGUUCAUGUUCUAGAACACGAAGUGGGCUUGUAAGGAGAAAAGGAAUUUUUGCUCCCAGUAAAGCUUCAUGUUCGAGAACACGAAGUGGGCUUGUAAGGAUAAAGAGCUUUAUUCAUUCCAGGGAUGGUUCAUGUUCUAGAACACGAAGUGGACUUGUCAGGAUGAAGAGUUUUGUGGAUUCCAGUGACAGUUCAUGUUCUAGAACAAGAAGUGACCCUGUAAGAGGAAGCCCCCAAGUUGUUGAGGAUGAAGAAGUCUUGAAGGGUUCUCCUGAUGGAUGGGUGAAAGAAGACUCACCCGUGAGAACACAAAAUGUCAAAGGAAGUCCGGCUGCCAAGGCUGUAACCAUGGAUGAACCAGUCACGAAGGGGCUUCCUGAUGGAUGCUUGAAUGAUGAAAUGCCUUCUAGAACGCGGAGUGGGCUUGUCAGAAGAAGACCUACUUUCAAGUUUCUAAGAAAGGAUGAACCCGACAUUUAUGGGUUGCCUGAUGGAUGGCAGGGACAAGACAUGCCUGAUAGAACACAAAGUGGGUUUGUCAGAGGAAGCCCUGCCAUCAAGAUUCUAAGCAAGGAUCAACCAGUCAUUAAGGGGUUGGCUGAUGGAUGGCUGAAAGAAGAUACACCUCCUGGAACUCGAAGUGGCCUUGUCAGAGGAAGCCUUGCUUCCAAGGCUCCAGUCAAGGCUGAACUAGUCAGAAAGGCGCAACAUGAUGGAUGGCUGAAAAAAGACAAGCCUGCUGGGACACAAAGUGAUCUUGUUGGAGGACGACCUGCUGUCAAGACCCUACAAAAGAAUGGAAGAGUCAUUGAGGGGCUGCCUGAUGGAUGGCGCAAAGAAUACAGGCCAAGAAAGAUUGGAUCAUUUCAGGAUCCAUUCUACAUUGAUCCUGUAAGUGGAUAUGAAUUUCGCUCUUUGAAGGAUGUGCACCGGUAUCUUGAAACAGGAGAUAUUGACCAAUGUGCUAUGAAACCAAAGAAGGGCAGCACCAUCUAUGACGUUCAUAUAACAGAAAGCCAAACUCUUACAAGUUCGUCAUCGCAACGCACAAAGCCAAGUACCGCGGAUAAGGGUAUUCAGUGUGAAAUAUUAACUUCAGAAGGCAUUAUGAUGCCGUGGGAGAAACUCGUUACUCCUUAUAGUGAAAAUGAUACUGAAGAUACUGUGUUACCAGAGUCCGAGAGCUUGAAAGCAAUGCAAGGGUAUGGCGAUAAGCUUGAAACUUUGGAACACAGGAGUGUUGAACCAGUCUCUGCACAAUGUGGUACAAGGGAGACCAAAUCUCUUAAAAGGAAAGAACAAAAUGUAGAGGUGAGAUCCAAGAAGCGUAAAGCCAAUCCUGCGGUGACAACUAUCCGAGUUUCGCCCCGUUUAGCUGCACUGAAUGUUCAGCAGGAAGCAAGCAUCGAGCCCGAGGAUCAACCGAUUAAUGUAAAUCCUAUUGAUCGGGUACAUACUAUAGAAGAGAACUCUAACGAUCUGUCACAAAUGAGUCAAUCAGGCACCGUGAAUCAGAUACAUGGUAAUCUGGAAAGCACUUCAAUUCAUUUACAGUUGAGCCAAGCAGACACUGCUGAAGGAAUGGAGGAUAUUCAGGAAAACACUACCAGUCAUUCACAGCUGAGCCAGGUGGACACUGUGAAUCAUAUACAGACAAAUCAGGAGAAAACUGCCAGUCAGGUGGAGUCAAUCCUAGCAGAUAUUCCUGUUCUGGAGGACAGAUCCAUUAUAGACCAUGCAGAUAUUCCAAUACAGACAAUGCAGGAGUGCACUAAAGAUCCACUGAGCCAAGCAGACAUUGUGAAUCAUAUACAGACAGAUCAGGAUUUCACUGCUAAUCAAUUACAGUUGAGCUUAGCAGACACUGUCAUUCCAGUACAGCCUUUUCAGGAAUACACUAUUAGCUACUCACAACCGGUCAAAGCUGACACAAUAAAUCAAAUACAGGCCAAUCAGGAAAGCACUUGCGACCGCUUUCACUUAAGCCAAGUAGACACUGUCACUAAAAUGCAGAUAAUUCAGGAGAACUUGACCAGGCAACCAAAUCUGAGCCAAGCAGACAAUGUGGGUCAGGCACACAUCGAUCUAGAAAGCACUAUUGAUUAUUCACAGCUGAGCAAAGCUGACACUAUAAACCAACUACAAGCCAAUCAGGAAAACACUGCUGAUCAGUUACAUUUUAGCCAGGCAGACUGUGUCACUCAAAUUCAGACAAUACAAGGCAACAUGUCCAAGCACCCACAGCUGAGCCAAGCAGACACUGUGGAUCGGAUACACAUCAAUCGGGAAGGCACUACCAAUCACUUGCAACCAAACUAUGCUGAAAAUUCUAUGCUGCAGGCUAGUUUGUCUUGGGCUCCUGAACAAAAUGGUGGAGCUGAUUUCUGGAAAAAUUUUGAAAAUCAUGACUCGUUGGUUCCCAUGCCAGUAGGUGGAGCAACUGUUGCAAGCUUUCCAGCAAAUGUUAGAUUCCAAAAUGCAGCAGGAACAGAAGAACCUGCUUUGCCGGCACAGUCCGCUGCGCCUGAAACAGGUUCUGAUCAGUCCGGGUUGGCCUUUCAAUCUAUUUUUGGAAAUGCCUGGUCAGAUCCUUGCAUCGAGUUUGCUUUCAAGACCCUUACAGGCGACAUUCCUGUUCUGGAUGACACGACAGUCGUCACAGAAUACUUUCCAGAGCAACAAGACUUAAAUAAAGACCCAUCACCAAAUUGUUCCGCUUCAGUUUUAGAUAAUACCAAGAACCACACACAAGUAGAUGUCAACCUCCCAGCACCUAUGCCAUCGGAUAAGCUCUACAAUGGCAGUUGGUUCCCUCCCCAGUGAAUUCCAGGGAACCAAAAGGAAAAAAAAAGCAAUAGCAUUUUGUACCUGUGAAAGGCAAAUCAGAGAGAAGGCUAGUGGCCAAACCAAACCCAAAGCAUAGACUCGUACUCCUGUUAUUACUCCGAUCUGAAUUUGUAAUCCCAGUGGGGAUACGUGAUGUAAAAAGACUGUAGUUUGUUCUAACCAUUAGACAGUAUGUUAAUACAUCCAAGCAUCCAACGGGAUGCAGCUUUGGUGGAUCUGCUGGGCAGAGACUGUCAAGUAGCUGAUCUGGAUUUGAUUUUUUUCCUGUUCUUUUUCUUCUGUGCAGUUGCCUGAUAGACCCAUUCGUUGUAAAUUAACCCGUCCUAACUUUUGAACACCUGCGCAAUGCGCGUGAGGAUCGUUUCUCCUUGUGGACACUUUUGACACUUGGUGCAGUAGCUUCACCGUAGUGUAAGUCUGAAUUAUAUUUCAACGGAAUGGUGAACUAAUCCGACGUUUGUGUA